GACACGAGCUGACAAGGGUCAGUGAAAUAUCUAAAGAAAUCCACUUGCCCAGGCAAUCACCAUCCAUCACUGGACCUGAAGAAUAAAUUGAAGGUAUUGUGGUGUUCUUCGCUGCACCGGCACCCAUGAGAGGGAAGACCCAUCAACUCUAAUCUUCAAAGGGUAAAACAACUUAACCAUUUAAACCCCGACAAAAAUGAAGGCAUUCAGCAUUGCAGUUGCAGUGACACUCGUGCUCGCCUUUAUUUGCAUUCUGGAGAGCUCUGCCAUCCCAUUUGCUGGGGUGCAAGAGCCGGAGGAGGCAGGGAGCAAUGACACUCCAGUUGUGGCACAUCAAGAGAUGUCAGCGGAGUCAUCAAUGAUGCCAAAUCACAUCAGGCAAAAGCGUCAGAGCCAUCUUUCCCUGUGCCGCUGGUGCUGCAAUUGCUGCCGAAGCAACAAGGGCUGCGGCUUCUGCUGCAAGUUCUGAGGAUUCCCGCAACAGCCACAAAAUAUUAAUUUAUUAUGCUUAUUGACUCUUUCUUAAAGACUUUCUCCGUAGCAUUUACUGUGCUAUACACAUUUUACAUAAUUUUGAGGAGAUGUGAAUUAUGAAACAGCACCGAAAUAGGAGAGCUUCUCUACUGUAUUUAUUUUAUACAUUUCAACCAUUUUGUGAAUUUCUUUUAAAGAGAAAGUCAGAUGUGGACAUUUCUUUCAUUGGAAAAAGUUGAUAUUUGGCACUGAAUAAAGAAUACAAAUUAAAAGCA